AUGGCACGUCGGCUCCGCUUGCAUUUCGCGUCAAGGAGAAGCAACACGGACCCCCUGUCAGAGAGCCUCAGCAGCCAUGGUGAGGAGAGUGGAGUUAAUGUGUCAGCUCACGGCCCCGCAGAGAGUCUGGCGCAGAGCUCCGUCCACUUGAAGGUGACUCCUCUGUCACCGGACUUUGCCAACAGUCAGUGCUCUUCAGUAUUCAUACCCAGGGUUAACACUGGAGGGUGUAAUAAGAAGAGCAUUCUGCAAAUCUCGCUGCAGCCCUGUGGGAAGCUCAGCGGAGAGCUGGAUGGCAGCAUAGAGGAUGGAGACCCCGGACUUAGUGAGGGCGGAGCAGGAGGCUCGUGCAACAGCAGCAUGGCCAGCGAUGCCGGAUACUGCAGCAGCAACAGCAUCUUUGAGCCAGAGGCUCCUGAAAAGCAAAGGACCAACCAGGAGAAGGGACAGCUCUGCUGCAAGUCCAAGGUCCCACUGCGACGGUGCUCCUCCCUGGUGAUAUUUCCAAAGAGCCCCUGCAGCACGCCACCUGCUUCCCCAGGAAGUCCCGUGGCUCUGCCGUCUCUACCGCCAGCCAAGGGGUCUUAUCAAUCAUCUCUUCAGACGUCUGCCAGUGAUUUCUCACAGGACAAUGACAGGGGGACUUGCAAAGGGUCCACCACCGCUGCAGUAGGUGGUCAUCGUCAGUCCAGCUGUUCAGCCGAGUUUAGAGACAUGAAACAUAUGGUGCACUUUAAUAUUCCUUUACAAGACGAACCAAAAGGUAAAACGGAGGACAGGAGUACUGUGAUGGAGCUGUCAUCAGUCCCAGACAGAUAUAAUCGUCACUCGAGCAGCGUGCUGCUGCAUUUUGCCCACCAGAGACCAAUGAUUUUGUCGAAGGGAAAUACAACCAGGGCUGCUGUCAACGUGCAAUAUCCCGAGGCGUAUUACCCGGCCACACACCCCGACAGGGAACACGACGUCCACAAAAAACUGUACCGCAGCACCUCUGCCUGUUUGUUUUCCUCAACAAAACCACCAGAGAAAAACAAUAAGCUCUGUUGUCCAGGAAAAGGCCAAGACAGGGCUGAGGAAAACCAUUGUCAUCGUGCCAUACAAAGGAGCUUUUCCCUUGAGGUGCCCUACCCUAACACCGGAAUUUCAUGUCACGUUUCAAACCCGAAGCUCUGCAGCCCUUGCUCUCCACAUGUGCACAUUCAUGUGUCUCCAUGCUGCCCGCCAAAGUUGCCCAGCUCUUUUUCUGACGUUAACUCCCGCCAGAGAUUUAACGCACCAAAGAGCUUGGGUCUAAAAGCCCAGACACGUGAUGACUUUCUUGGACAGGUGGAUAUUCCUUUAAAUCAGAUACCGACAGAAAAUCCUAACACAGAAAGGCCAUACACAUUCAAGGAUUUUCUGCUCCACCCACGAAGUCAUAAGUCCAGGGUCAAAGGUCAUCUGCGUCUCAAAAUGACCUACCUGCCAAAAAAUUCAGGCUCAGAGGAAGAACACGCAGAUCAGACUGAAGACAUAGAUCCAAGCUGGGAGCACCUGGAGUCUCAGGACAUGUCCGGUCCCAGGCAAAGCCAGCUGCUGCCUCCUCUGCCCCCUGGCUGGGAGGAGCGGCAAGACAACCUGGGAAGAAUCUAUUAUGUGAAUCAUGAAAGCAGAACCACGCAGUGGCACCGACCCACCGCACAGGACAGUGAAGUGGAAAUUCAAAGAAGGCAGAACAGUAACGUGGAUACGGAGCAAACCUUCAUUACGCGCAGACAGAUCUCAGACCAUGAGGAGAACACCCCGCAUGAGUCUCCUGAGAGCUGGGAGAUAAUUACAGAUGAUGAAUUCACCUCAUUUCACAAUAACAACCAGGUCUCAUCACCUCCAUCCCAAGAGCCUCCAGAGUUCAACGCACUCUGCGACGAGAUCAGGAAUGUUAGCGUUACACGGUCGUCAGCUAGAGAACAGCGCAGCUCGCAGACAAAUCAUGUGAGCAAUUCAAGCCAUUCCAGUCGCAGAGAAAGUGCUCGGUCCUCCGCAAGAGAGGAACAUCCUGUUAAUCCUACGCUGCUUCCGACAUCGGCUGGUCUACCACCAGGCUGGGAGGAAAAGCGCGACAGCAAAGGAAGACGAUACUUUAUCAACCACAACACCAGAACUACCACCUGGGUCCGACCUGUCAUCCAGAGAUCUUCAGAGGCGGCGGCAGCACCACAGACGUCUACAGGUCUAUCUCGAAGCCCCACUCCAUCUGAGCCGCCUGCUCUGCCUGGGGAGUCUCCUCAGCCCACUGUAAGCCCAGAUGCUGCCUUUGAGUCUGGUUCAAUGCCCACUGGCUGGGAAGUUCGAUGCGCUCCUAAUGGAAGGCCCUUUUUCAUCGAUCACAACACAAAGACCACCACAUGGGAAGAUCCUAGGCUAAAGAUUCCUGUGCAGAUGAGGAGGAGGGGCUCGCUUGACCCGGCUGAUCUCGGCCCUUUGCCACCUGGUUGGGAGGAAAGGGUCCACUCUGAUGGAAGGACAUUUUUCAUAGAUCACAACACCAGGAUCACCCAGUGGGAUGAUCCCAGAUUACAGAACUCCGCUAUUACUGGACCGGCCGUGCCUUAUUCUCGAGAUUAUAAACAGAAGUAUGACUACUUCAGAAAGAAGCUGAAGAAGCCGGCCGACAUCCCAAGCCGCUUUGAGAUGAAGCUGAGACGAAACGCAGUGCUGGAGGACUCCUACCGACGCAUUCUCGGAGUGAAGAGGGCAGACCUGCUGAAGGCCCGCCUGUGGGUGGAGUUUGAGGGCGAGAAAGGCUUGGAUUAUGGUGGCCUGGCCAGAGAGUGGUUCUUCCUCAUGUCCAAGGAGAUGUUCAAUCCAUACUACGGGCUGUUUGAGUACUCUGCAACGGACAACUACACACUGCAGAUUAAUCCCAACUCAGGUUUAUGUAACGAGGACCACUUACCCUACUUCAAGUUCAUUGGUCGUGUGGCCGGCAUGGCUGUGUUUCACGGCAAACUCCUAGAUGCUUUCUUCAUUCGACCUUUCUACAAGAUGAUGCUGCAGAAGCCUAUCACCCUGCAGGACAUGGAGUCAGUUGAUAGUGAGUAUUUCAACUCCCUGAAGUGGAUUUUGGAUAAUGACCCAACCGACUUGGAUCUGAGGUUCACCAUAGACGAGGAGCUGUUUGGACAGACUCACCAGCAUGAGCUGAAGCCGGACGGCGCAGAGAUCAUCAUCACCAAUGAGAACAAAAAUGAAUAUAUCCACCUGGUGAUGCAGUGGAGGUUUGUGAACAGAGUACAGAAACAGAUGAGUGCGUUCAAGGAGGGGUUUUUUGAGCUGAUACCACAAGAUUUGAUCAAGAUCUUUGACGAGAAUGAGCUGGAGCUGCUCAUGUGUGGUCUUGGAGACGUGGAUGUGAAUGACUGGAGGGCGAACACCAAAUACAAAAACAGCUACUGUUCUGAUCACGCAGUUAUCCUCUGGUUCUGGAAAACUGUGCUGCUGAUGGAUGCAGAAAAGCGAAUCCGGCUCCUACAGUUUGUGACAGGAACAUCCAGGGUGCCAAUGAAUGGCUUUGCUGAACUCUACGGGUCAAACGGACCGCAGUUAUUUACCAUCGAGCAAUGGGGCACACGAGAUAAACUUCCCAGAGCCCACACAUGUUUCAACCGACUGGACCUUCCUCCUUAUGAGUCCUUUGAGGAACUGAAGGAGAAACUUCACAUUGCUAUUGAAAAUGCACAAGGCUUUGACGGGGUGGAUUAGAGCGUCUGCAGGGAAAAAACAUAGAGCCAUACAGAGGGAUGUGGUGAGAAAACAAGCUGUGCAUCCCACUUGGGUCUUAACCUGCCAACUGUGUGACGCAUGAAGAAACGUGACACGGCCUCCACUUUGGUCCUCAGCUGGGGCAAACAUGAAGAACGAACACUAAAUCUGGAGAGGCAGAGGUACAUUUGCCACUCCCUGUGUUCUCAGGUUUACAAAGCAGGUUUCAUUGCUAUUUGAUUCUAUAUUGUAAUUUGCUCAAAGGUGUAUUUACUCUUAUUUGUUCAUCUCAAAUAGCUAAAUAUUCUAAAAAAUCUGAUUCUGUGAACCUUUAUAAAAAAUUUACUGUGACUGAAUGCUGUUGAACCUUAAAGGACAUCAAUGUGUUUUUAAUCAGAAGCUCUUAUCGUAUCUUUAGAAAGCCAUUGACUUUUGUCUUCACUGCAUAACCACUAUGAGCAGUUUCAAGUGUUAAAACACACCAAUUAAAUGGCAUUGUAAAAAUAUAACCAACUAAAGACAGCACAUUAUGUAGAUUUAAUAUCAUAUAAUCGGAGCAAUGUAGUAAUAUUAUCAAAAUAUUUUCUUUGAGUUGAUAUACCACUGAUUGAGAAGGAUUUAUCCUUUCAGCACCCCUUUAGAGAUUAAACAUUUUUAAAGUUCCAGGGAAACAAAAUAUGUGUCAUUUUAGAAUAUUUUACAUACUGGCAUGCAUAAUGUGUUUGGAAGGCAAGUGCGAUAUGCUAUAACUGUAAAAGUCAUCCUAAAUAAGCAGAUUUUUGCAAGUUUAAAUUUCAUAAGUGUAUUUUCUGUUUCUUACAUUGUUCAUUCAUUGUUCAUUGUACACAGACGCAGUAGAUAAAACAUUCAUGGACCUGACAGUCAUUCAAAGCAGACAAUUUGCAGAUUACUUACAUAUUUGAGUGACUUAAACAAAUUGCUACAAUGUCUAAGUAAUGAUGGUAGUGUUUUACUAAUACCAGGACCAGUAAAGACUAAAUUAAUUAUAUGCUGUAUCUGUGUAUCCCACAGAUAUGGGGUGACUGCAUGAAGUGUUACUGUGUUGACAUUUUAUGUAUACUUGUACUCAUUGGCUCCAGAUAUCUGAAUACCACUUGAUUUUUGUGUUUCUCUGGUAUUACACAAAUAUAUUGUAUAUGCAAAUAUAACUUUGAGGUCUACAGACUCGUAAAGCAUUUGUCACUGAAAUUGUUAUUAACUGUCAUUAAGCAUCAUGUUUUGUUCUUCAUUUGUAAUCUAUAGCUCUUCUUACUCAUGUUCAACUCUGUGUUCUAGAAAAACUGAAUGAAUGUAUAUUCAUUAUGUAUUUUCUGGGUUUUAUCUUAGUAUACAUUUUAUUUAAAAAAGGCUAAUCUUACAAUGUUUGCAUACAACAUGUUGAGUAUUUCUGCUGCCUGUUGUCAGUUUUAAAUCCUAUUAUUUCUUCUACUCAUCAUGGGUGUCAGCACAGUACUCUAUUUUAAGAGUGCAACUUUAAAAUUUGUUUUUUUGGUUCUCAAAAUAUGUACAGAUUAUUGUUUUCAAAGUGAAAAGUCACGUGACACCUUUUUGAAGGCGACACUGAUCAAAAGCAGUGGCUUUAACAUUUUCUGACAGUGGAACAUGUUUACACUAGCUGCCAUGUUUACAGAUUGGCGAGAAAAGGAUGAAUAUAUGGGCUAGUUUCUUGUCUCUGACAACUCUCUUUUCUACUUACGCUUUUAUAAAGUGAAGCACUUUGUUAAUGUUUGAUGAGUCUUACUUCUAAACUGUUUGAAUCUUUGCCAAUCUGUCACCUGUGGACUGUUUAAAUCACUCUUUUAAAACAUGAUUCUAUGCUUCAAGUGCACAUGUGUUUAAAUGUUUACAUGUGAACCUUGCUACAGUAAAAUUUAGCACAUUCUCUUCUUUCCCUUCUAUUUAAAGAUGAAAUAUCAGGGCCUUUUUUCUAAUGUUUCAUAGAAUCCAUCGGUGUUAUUGAUGUUCUAAUCUCUGAACUAUAUAUUGUCUGCUGAGUACAAUGCUUCGGUCAAAGCUAUCAACACCUGUACGUGCAUUACAAAACUCAGUGUACAUGGGCUGUGUGUACAGCAGUCUAAAGGCUGAAAUAAGAUGUUAGAUUAUGAUAUGACUCUUACAGCGCGCCAAAUUAAAUAUAAAUGUAGUGGCAUAAUAAAUGGAUACAAAAGCCAU